AUGCUGCAGCCUAGCAACCUCAUAGUCACAAGAACGUCUAAUGGCUACCAUACCAUGACGUACCUUGAGCACAUCCGUCGGACCAAGCGUCUGGCGUCAGCUUUGUCGAAGCAUGGAGUGAUGCUGGAGGAUCGCGUUGCGACGCUGAUGUGGAACAGCGCAUUGCAUUAUGAAUGUUACCAUGCCAUACCAUGCAUGGGUGCUGUCCUACACACAUUGAACCUGCGUUUGGGCCCUGUCGAUCUGGGCUACAUCAUUGAGCAUGCACGCGACCGCAUUAUCUUCGCAGAUGCUGACAAGCUAGAUCUUCUUGCGGAGCUGGAUAAGUCAAUUAUGGCAAAGGUGGAGCUGCUGGUAUGUGUAGGAGAGGAUGGUGUGCCAGCAAAAUGGCAGCUUCCACAAGGCUUGGCGGGGGUGAACGCCAUUGACUACGAAGAGUUCCUAAGUUCAGGGAGUCCAGACUUCGCAUGGCCCGUUUUCGCCGAGACGACGACCCUGGGCCUUUGUUAUACAUCAGGCACAACGGGAAAGCCAAAAGGUGUCGCCUACAGCCAUAGAUCCACUUACUUGCAUACAAUGAUGAUGGUUGGAGCAGACCAGCUAUGCCUGCACGGCUAUGAGGUGGUGCUGCCUUUCGUGCCCAUGUUCCAUGUGCUGAGCUGGGGAACGCCCUUCGCCAUGCUCAUGCUGGGCGCACGUGCCAUUUUCACGUCACGCUUUAUGGAUCCUGGUACCCUGGUCAACAUGAUGCUGGACUGGAAGGUGGACAUCUCCAUGGGGGUGCCUACUGUUUGGCAAGGCGUCAAGGCUCACAUCGAGCAGGUGGGUCUGGAGAAGAUCCGUCCUGGCAUGGCCUUGAAAAAAUUGACCUGCGGCGGUAGCGCUCCGCAGCCUGCGCUGAUGCGGUGGUUCUUCGACAAGCUUGGCGUGGAGUUCCUGCAAGGAUGGGGCAUGACCGAGACCAAUCCCAUGGGUUCCUUCGGCCUCAGAGUCGCCAAGCAUGCUGACAAAGAAAAAAGUGUGGAUGAGACCUUCAAGAAUGUGGUGAAGGCAGGCAUUCCACUUCCGGGCGUUCAAGUACGGAUUGCCAACCCUGACAACCUGGACAUUGAUAUGCCACGGGAUCAGCCUGGAGAAUUACUCGUGCGCGGGCCGUGGAUCAUUCAGGAAUACUUCGACAUAGACACUCCAGACAAGUUCCACAAUGGGUGGCUGAUUACUGGGGAUGUAGCAAAACUGGAUGAUGAGGGUGCAAUCGUCAUCAGCGAUCGCUCCAAAGAUGUUGUCAAAUCAGGUGGCGAGUGGAUCUCCUCCAUUGACAUGGAGAACUUGAUCAUGGCCAUGCCCGGGAUUGACACUGCGGCAGUUGUUGCUGUCCCUCAUGCACGCUGGGAUGAGAGGCCCAUAGCGGUUGUGACCUUAGCAAAGGACGGCAGCUCAGAAAAUCUGGUUGAACGAGUGCGAGAACACCUCUCCACGGCCUUUGCAAAGUUUCAACUGCCGGACGAUGUGCUUGUCUGGGAAGCUAUCCCAAUGACGACGACUGGCAAGCUUGACAAGAAAGUGAUCCGAGCAAAGCUGAAGGAACAGAACUAUGUGCUGCCCUCCGAACGGCCUCCCCAAUCCAAGCUUUGA